GAAGACUGGAACAGCUCGGAGCAGGUGCGUAGCUGCAGCUCGAAGAAAAUGAAUGGCACACUGGAUCACCCCGACCAACCUGAUCUAGAUGCCAUCAAGAUGUUUGUGGGUCAGGUCCCACGGAGCUGGUGUGAGAAGGAUCUAAGAGAACUUUUUGAACAGUAUGGUGCUGUCUAUGAAAUCAAUGUCUUGAGAGACAGGAGCCAAAACCCUCCUCAAAGCAAAGGGUGCUGUUUUGUUACAUUUUAUACCCGUAAAGCUGCACUAGAAGCACAGAAUGCUCUUCACAACAUGAAGAUCCUCCCAGGGAUGCACCAUCCUAUCCAGAUGAAACCAGCUGACAGUGAAAAGAGUAAUGCAGUAGAAGAUAGGAAGUUGUUUAUUGGGAUGAUAUCCAAGAAGUGCAAUGAAAACGAUAUCCGCGUGAUGUUCUCCCCCUUUGGGCAGAUUGAGGAAUGCAGGAUAUUACGGGGCCCAGAUGGCCUGAGCCGAGGUUGUGCGUUUGUGACUUUUACAACAAGAGCCAUGGCACAAACAGCAAUCAAAGCAAUGCACCAAGCACAAACCAUGGAGGGUUGCUCUUCUCCCAUUGUGGUAAAAUUUGCAGACACGCAGAAGGACAAAGAGCAGAAACGAAUUGCUCAGCAACUCCAGCAACAAAUGCAACAGAUCAGUGCUGCCUCAGUGUGGGGAAACCUGGCUGGGCUCAACACGCUUGGACCCCAGUACUUAGCACUUUAUUUGCAGCUCCUUCAGCAGACAGCCGCUGCGUCAUCUGGGAACCUGAACACGUUGAGCAGCCUCCACCCAAUAGGAGGACUGAACGCGAUGCAGCUGCAGAACCUGGCUGCGUUAGCAGCUGCAGCCAGCGCGGCCCAGAACACGCCGAGCGGAACGGCUGCGCUCACCUCCUCCAGCAGCCCCCUGAGUGUGCUCACCAGCUCCGGUUCCUCACCUAGCUCCAGUAGCAGCUCCUCUGUUAAUCCAAUGGCUUCUCUUGGAGCGCUGCAGACACUGGCAGGGGCUACAGCAGGCCUGAACGUCAGCUCUUUAGCAGGAAUGGCAGCCUUAAACGGAGGGCUUGGCAGUGGCGGUCUCUCAAAUGGCACGGGUAGCACAAUGGAAGCCCUCACACAGGCUUAUUCUGGAAUCCAGCAAUACGCAGCUGCUGCAUUGCCCACGCUCUAUAACCAGAGUCUUUUAACGCAGCAGAGUAUUGGUGCAGCAGGAAGUCAAAAAGAAGGUCCAGAAGGAGCCAAUCUGUUCAUCUACCACCUCCCCCAGGAGUUUGGGGAUCAGGAUCUGCUGCAGAUGUUCAUGCCAUUUGGAAAUGUCGUCUCUGCCAAGGUGUUCAUUGACAAGCAGACCAAUCUAAGCAAGUGUUUUGGUUUUGUAAGUUACGACAAUCCUGUCUCUGCGCAGGCUGCCAUUCAGUCGAUGAACGGCUUUCAGAUCGGCAUGAAGCGUCUCAAAGUACAGCUCAAGCGCUCCAAGAAUGACAGCAAGCCAUACUGAGCGCCCCUCCCUGCGGGACUGGAGUGAGAAGGAUCUUCUGAUUCCUGCCGUUUGUUCAUCGUUGUGCCUAAAGCAUGUCGAUGUGGCGUUCAAGUACAUCGUCCAAAUCCUUGUCUCUUCAGCUUCUCUGAUGCUUGAACUCUCACCUUUGACCUUGUGUUGACCUUUGAUGCUGAUGUGUAUUUUUAUUACGUUUGUUUCUUUUUUUUUUUUUUUUUUUGUGCUGCCAAAUUGGUUUUGCUAGAAAGACUGCUGAAGGGGAAUAUUUAAACUUGCAUUUGAAUAUAAAAGAAUUUCUAUUUUUCUAGAACCUUCCUAAGAUAACCACUUGAUUUUGUGAAUCCGAUUCUUUGUAAUUGUCUUCAGAGCAGCCUUGCUAGCAUACCUUGUGGAGUAUUUGUAUUUCUGUGAACAUACAGCCAAUCACUUUCUAGGCUUAUUUUUUUUCCGUGUGCUUAGUUUUAAAAACACAGUUUCAAAGAAAAAGGCAAUUAUAUGGUGUGACUCAAUCUUGCAGGAGACUUCCUAGUCACAUUUUGCUGAUCUGGUUUCUGUGCUUGAGGAGACAGCAUGUGUUUUUAUGAGUUCAAACUUGUGACUUGAGUGGCAUCAGCGGAAAACACUUGAACUACAUUUCCUUCUGAUUGUAGCUACAUUUUUGCCCUGGCAUUUACUGAUUUUUUUUUUUUUUAAUUUUUAUUUUUAUUCUUUUCCCUGCUUCUCCGUGUGAUUCAAUCUGCAGUGAAAAUUUGAUCAAAGUUAAUGUUGUAUUUCGUUAAGCCCCAGCAUGCUUGGUUGUUGGGUUUUUGGGUUUGUUUUUUUUUUGUACCUACAAUCUCCUCAGCAAAAUGUGAUGUUUUUGUUUUAAUCUUUCAAACUAAAAUAGUGCCCAGAAAUGUUUUGCAUGUUGCCUGCUGUUUUCUUCAUACCCUCGUAUAUAUCACCUUCACCUCUCUGUUUUCUAUAGUUUGUGCAAAAACUGAGCAAUUUACUGGGUUUCAAAGGUAUCCUUUAAAGUGGUGGGUUUGGAAUGACACCCGUCUGGUCGGAAGCUGCCGGAGGGCAUCUCCCCGUGCUGCUGCCUGCCCG